ACUGCUGUUAUAUCACAUUGAUGAAAGUCUUCGAUUCUCUCUAGUAGAAUUCCAUUGUUAUGACAAUAAAUUUUAAGUAGGAUAGCUUAAAAUUAAGUACUACACUUUUGUACGUUAUCUUAUUGUUAGUUUCCCCUCUCUUUGUUUCUUUUUCUAUUGAUAUAUUGAAGUAGCAUUUGCAAACAUGUAAGAUGAACUUCUGAUAAACCUGUAUACGCAUCCUUACUUAUUAUAUCACAUCUGACAAGAAAAUUUGAAGAAACGCGCGAUCGGAAAGAUAAGACAUAUUGUCUACAUAUAUCGUUUGCGCAACCUUCGCGGAAUUUUUAAUUGCUGCAACGUUCCAUAUAUUCAGCGAGCCUCCGACAUCAUCAAACAGUACGUUCGACGCACGAUGAUAACUCGGGCGAUCGGUGCAGCUCCGUUGUGCAUCUAGGCGUAAGCCAAUACUGCAUCUGAAGACUGAUUGAUCUUCAGCCUGCCAAUUUGAAAGUUAUGCCACGCAGCAAUAUCCAGCGAAUGUUUCGUCUCCACAAGCAUCGAAGAAUUAAGAUUCGCUUGAUUAAAUAACAGUAAAUUUAACGGAAAAGGGAACUUAGAAACAAAUUCCAAUAGGCGAGUCAAGGGCAAAAAUUUGAUCGAGAAGACAAAUAUUUUAAUUAACAUCUCUAGUGUAUGCAAAUAAUUCUAGAGAAAUAUUUGCAAUUACAACAAAUUUCUGCUCUUUGAAAAAUCUAUUGCAAAUAUUAAAACAAAUUUUAUCACGAGAUUUGUUUAAUAUAACUCUGUAUAAAUGGGCGUUCUGCGUCAGCUACUAUUUGGUAAAUAUCUAUUAGUUACCAACACCGUGAGCUGCGGUUUGAUGAUGGCAGCAGGAGAUGUGAUUCAGCAGCGCAGCGAACACUGGAAGAAGCAUUGUUCUCACAAGUACUUUCCCAGCACUGUUAUCGCAGCGUCACCAGAAGAAGAUGAAGAGGUGACGGAAACAAUUUCCUCAUACGGACAUGAUUAUAUGAGGACCAGGAAUAUGACGGUUGUUGGGCUGCUUCAAGGUCCAUUCCAUCAUUGGUUUUAUACGAUCCUGGACAAGGUUUUUCCAGGUAGAAGUGCAAAGUCGGUCUUGAAAAAGACAUUUCUCGACCAGUCGGUCGCAAGUCCCACGUGCCUGACUAUAUUUUUCGUCGGUCUCGGGAUUCUAGAGAGUCGCAAGAUCGAGGAGAUUCGCAAAGAGCUAAAACUGAAAUUCGGCGAAACUUGGAAAGUUGACUGCUGUUUUUGGCCUCCCACGCAAUGCAUCAAUUUCCUCUUUGUGCCUCUGCAUUAUCGGGUACUCUAUACAAAUGCUAUGACGAUGGUCUAUGAUAUUUUCCUGUCAUAUAUGAAAUAUGACGCUAAUUUCGAGUGACAGAAAUCUCACGGCUAGUCUGAACAAAGAUAUAACUGUACGAGCAAUAAUUGCGAAACGCGGGCAUUGUAUAUAUAUUAUUAUGACUAUCAUUAUUAAUCACAUACGCAACAAUGAGCAAUAAAAACGUUAUCGGAGAAAAUUUUCAAGUGAGAUUAUCGUAUCUCUUCCCGUUCCGAUGCCUUAUCGCAAUUCGAUCUAUUAUUUGUCCGUUCUCACGAUUUUUAUACUAGAUGACAAACAAAUGCAAGUAAUCAUCCAUCACAUCCUGGAUAUACGUAAGCAACUGUCGAUGACAAUUGAAGAUUUCUUACGAAAAUACAACCCAAGUCCAAAAAGUUAAAUUUUCAAGAAAAAGAACUUUUUGUUUUUGAAUCAUUCAUUGUAUAAAUAUGAUAC